AUGUCCGAAGAUAAACAUAACCUAUUCGGGGGGACUCCAUAUCAACCCCAAGGAGAAAUAUAUUUCAAUGAUGGGAGAGAGAUAGAACUUCUCGACUUCAUGUAUGCUCACCCGCAUCUUAAGGACAUGCGAGGUAAUCCUCAAAAGGUCCUUGAUGCAAUUGACGAGUACGGAAAAACUAGAAAAUACUUGAUGAACAUAGGAGAAUACAAGUCAAAAACCAUCGUUGAUUUGAUCAAAGAGGAAAAACCCCAUACGAUAGUUGAGCUUGGCGGUUACGUUGGUUACUCCGCGAUAGCAUUUGGUGCAGCGCUGAGGAAUAUCGGGGGGAAGCACUAUUACAGCCUGGAGAUGAACCCGGAAUUCGCUGCUGUUAUUUCGAUGCUUGUUGAUCUAGCAGGACUAAGUGAUGUCGUGAAAGUGGAGGUUGGCCCCAGCUCUGACUCUCUCAAGCGAUUACACGAGGAAGGUACUUUAAACCACAUAGACCUAUUAUUCCUCGAUCACUACAAGCCGGCUUAUACACCGGAUUUGAAGAUAUGUGAAGAACUUGGUUUGGUUUCCGAGGGAUCGAUAUAUGCCGCGGAUAAUGUGAUUAAGCCCGGGAACCCUUUAUACUUACAAUAUGUUCGAAGUACAGUGCAAGAGAAAAAGAAAAGCUUCGGCCAAAUAGAUUCAACUGCUCCUAGAGGUAACCCUAAUCUGAUAUACGAUAGUCAACUCAUUGAAGGCUGGGAGCCUAGUGGCGUGCCGGAUGCGAUUGAAAUCACGCGAUGCAUAGGAAUACAAGCUUGA